UGGGCACUUCCUGUGUCAUGGCGCCACUGUGCUUAUCUUCAGUACACUGCUGACAGCUCCUGGCUGACUAAACCAUCGUAUUCCAUAAUUUCUACUGGUUGCGAGCUGCAUUGAAAGGAUCCUGGGAGAACAUCAAGAAUGGAGGCAGUAACCUUGGAGGAUGUAACAGUGAACUUCACCAAGGAGGAGUGGGCUGUGCUGAAUCCAACCCAAAAGAAGCUCUGCAGAGAUGUGAUGUGGGAAACGUUUAUGAAUAUGACUGCUAUAGGAAGGACCUUGGAGAACCAACAAAUAGAAGAAUACAAAAGUUGCUCAAGAAAUCUAAGAAAUGAAGAGGUGGUAAAAUUUGAUGAUAAUGAAGCUUGGAAUCAACAUAAAAAUCUAUUUCCUUGGACUUCAGAUGAGAAUGUGAAGAUGCCACGAGCUGCUCUAAAGCCUGGUGAAAGUCUAGCUUGUAGAAAGCACCUAACUGGGCAUUUAUCACUAAAUGUGCCCAUUUUACCUGAUACUGGACUGAAACCAUGUGAGUAUGUGGGCUCUGGUGAUAAGCUGGAUAAUUGUUAUGAACAUGGAAAAACCUGCAGCAAUGUCCAGUACUUUCCAAAGGACACAAGAACAAAGAUUGUAGAGAAAAACUACCAAUAUGAGCGAUGUGGCAACACCAACUGUGACCUUAGGGACAUAACUCACCUUGGACAGGAGAUCUUUGUAUGUAAGAAAAGAUUGAAAGGCUCCAUCCCUCCCGGUGGUGUUAAAAUCCAUGAAAGAAUUCAUACUACAAAGAAACCCUAUGUAAGUAAGCAAGGUGAAAAAGAAUUUACUGAUAAGUCAGUAUUUUUCAGACAUAAAGGAGAGAAAGCUUUUACAUGUAAGCAGUGUGGGAAGUCAUUCACUACACUUAGUUAUCGUAAAAUACAUGAAAGAAUUCACACUGGGGAAAAGCCAUAUGUGUGUGAGAAAUGUGGAAAAUCAUUCACUAGAAAGAUGUGUUAUAAAAUACAUGAAAGAAGUCACACUGGGGAAAAACCCUAUGCAUGUAACCAGUGUGGGAAAGCAUUUACUACUCCCAGUUACCGUAAAGUACAUGAACGAAUUCACACUGGGGAGAAACCCUAUGUAUGUAAGCAAUGUGGAAGAGGAUUUGCUGAUAAGUCUGCAUUUUGCAAACAUAAACGAUCUCACACAGGUGAGAAAGCCUAUAUAUGUAAGCAAUGUGGGAAAGCUUUUACUACAUUGAGUUAUUGUAAAAUACAUCAAAGAUGUCACACUGGGGAAAAGCCCUAUGUGUGUAACCAGUGUGGAAAAGCAUUCACUACACUGAGUUAUCGUAAAAUACAUGAACGAAGUCACACUGGGGAGAAACCCUAUGUAUGUAAGCAGUGUGGGAAAGGAUUUGCCGAUAAGUCUGUAUUUCGCAGACAUUCACGAACCCAUACAGGCGAGAAAGCCUAUAAAUGUAAACAAUGUGGGAAAGCUUUUACUGCAUUGAGUUAUUGUAAGAUACAUGAAAGAACUCACACUGGGCAGAAGCCAUAUGUGUGUGAGAAAUGUGGAAAAGCAUUCACCAGACAGAUGUGUUACAAAAUACAUGAAAGAAGUCACACUGGAGAGAAACCCUAUACAUGCAGCCAGUGUGGGAAAGGAUUCACUACACUGAGUUGCCGUAAAAUACAUGAAAGAAGGCACAGCGGGGAGAAACCCUAUGCAUGUAAACAGUGUGGGAAAACAUUCACUACACUGAGUAAUUGUAAAAUACAUGAAAGAAAUCACACUGGGGAGAAACCAUAUGUAUGUGAGAAAUGUGGAAAAGCAUUCAGUAGACAGAUGUGCUAUAAAAUACAUGAAAGAAUUCACACUGGGGAAAAACCCUACACAUGUAAACUGUGUGGAAAAGCAUUCAGACAACAGAGUAAUUUUAAAAUGCAUGAAAGAACUCAUACUGGAGAAACCCCAUACAUUUAAGCAGUGUAAAAAAAAAAUACAUGAAAGAAUUCACACUGGGAAAAAUCCCUAUGCAUGUAAACAAUCUGGGAAAGCAUUCAGACAACAGAGAACCUGUCAGAUAUGUGAAAGAUUUCACACUGGGAAGAAAUGCUUUAUGUGUAAGAAAUGUGAGAAUGAUACACCACAAAUGGUUAUUGUCACCCUGUUGUGAAAGCACUGUGAGAAAGGGUUCACUACACAGCAAUAUGGUCAAAGUCAUGAAAGGUGUCCCACAUGUGAAUAACCCUAGGCAGGUAAGCCCUAGACAAUGAUUUGGUAGUGAGUCCUCAGAUACAUAGGUCUCCUAUACAGAUUUGGAACCCUAUGUAUGUAAGUAAUGUGGAAAAAGUGUACAAUGAGCAGUUUUAAUCAAUUACAUAAAAGAAAUCACACUGUGGAGAAACCCUACAUACUUAACCUUAUUUUGAAAAUCCUAUAAAAAUGCCUCAUGUACUAGACACCUGUAUAAAUUUAAUGAAAAUUUCAAUGUCAAUAUUUCUUCAUAAAAUUUCCUGAAAAUACCUUCCCAGAUGAAGGUAUCUUCGAGUGUAAAAUCACUUGUAAAUACCUGACUUAUGUAUCUAUAGUCUUUACUAUACAAAAUACUGACAUAUUUUUGUGUAAGCAGUUGUCUUUAAAAUUAAUAAAUACAGUGUUCUACUUCAACAAGGUGAAUCAAAAUGCAUUUCUCACAGGUAUGGUUUAUAUAUGUAGUUUUAGUCUGUUUUUCUUGUUAAUAGGUGUAGAGUACUAAAAUCACAUUUCUCACUUUUUAAUUGAGAUUUCUCACUAGCUUUGAUUUUAAUUUUCUUGAUGUGAAUACACCGUAUUACAUGUAAAUAGAAGUUUUUAAUUGGAUGUUAUAUAUGUAUACAUAGAGAUGUGUGUGAACAUGUAAAUUUGAAAAUUUCAUUUGUUUUCACAACUUCUAGCUUAGCAAAUGUUUUAUUUUUCAUAUUCAGACAAGAUUCCUAUAUAAAAGCAAUUAUAUCAAAUGCUUAAAUUAA